AUGCCCUUCAACACCUUCAGCGUCGCGACUGCGAUCGCUCCCGGCGUCGUGGAGACAUAUCUCUCACACUAUUUCAACCGAAAGCCGCUCAAGCAGAAGCCCACUGCACACAUUUCCUACCACGAGGGCCUCCGCCUGAUCCGUGCCUUUCUCGACUACGGAUCCAAACACACCGUCGAGGACUUGCAAGCCUUCACUGCCCAGUGGGUGCCGGUGCCCACAUGGGUCCGUACGAUCGACAUCGAGAUUCCGCCUCAAUUCCUCACGCGCAGCGCGAACAUCCUCAAGAAACAGCUUGGACACUCGAUCGAUGUCGUGGGUGGAGAGACAUGGUGGCAAUGGCGCCGUCCGGAGAGCCCUCUACACGCCGAAUGGAUCGAGAUGAAGAAGGACUUCAACGAGCGGAAACGUGAGGGAGUCAAGUGUGAUCGCGUCAUUCUCUACGUGCACGGCGGCGCGUACUACUUUGGAAGUGUGGACGAACAUCGAUACCAGAUGCAGCGGCAUGCGCGGAAAUUGAAGGCUAGAGUCCUGACUCCGAGAUACCGGCUGGCACCUCAGUUCCCAUUCCCUUGCGGACUGUACGAUUGCAUCGCGACAUACUUCUACCUGCUGGAGCACUUUGAGCCGAAUCAGAUCUUGUUUGCGGGAGACUCGGCAGGUGGAGGGAUGGUGCUGAGUAUGUUGGUGACAUUGCGAGAUCAAGGCUGUGUGAUGCCGGCCGGAACGAUCUUGCUCUCGCCGUGGGUGGAUCUGACACAUUCGUUUCCUUCUGUGGCCGGUAAUGGAGAAGGAGACUACAUUCCGCCAUAUGGGUUUCAUCACAAGCCUUCGAUGGCAUGGCCGCCGCCGGUUGAAAGCGAGGACACGAAGAAGAGCGAGAGAAAGUUCACACAACCAACGGAACAGCCAUUCGACGUGAAUGCUGCGAGAGAAGAGAAGGAAAAGCCCACAGUUCCAUUGAACCAAGUUCCUGGACUUGGUGAAAGGCUGGAGAUCAGCAUCGACGACAAGCUGAUAAUCAUUCGAGAACAGCUGCAGCUGUAUGCGAAGAACGAGCUGCUGUCGCAUCCUCUCGUGUCGCCUGUGCAGCAGCCGUCAUUGGGCGGCCUUCCUCCAAUGCUCAUUCAGGUUGGAGGCGCUGAGCUGCUGCGUGACGAACAGAUCUAUCUAGCGCACAAGGCUGCCAGUCCGAGACAAUUCCCACCGAGCGAAGCAAUUCUCAGCAAAUACGAUCCUCAAAGAACUGUACUCAAUCAGUACCCGCCCACGGACGUCCAACUACAAGUCUGGGAGGAUCUGUGCCACGUUCCGCAUACGCUCUCGUUCACACGACCGGCCAAGUACAUGUAUCGCUCAGUGGCUCAAUUCGGAGCUUGGGCGCUCGCGCGAGCACAGCACAAAGGCAUUGAAAUUCUGGAUGACGACGAUGUCUCCAUCAUCAGCAACGGUUCAGAGAAUGAGAAGGACGAUGAUUCUCCCACGAGCAAGACAACGGGAACAAGCGUUUCUUCAAAUCAGUACAAAAGCAAAUCCGUCGGAGCAGUGGGUAAAGCCGGAGAUCAGCUACCGCCCUUCAAGGAUCACAUGAUUCGGCAGCGUGUGGACCGCCAUGGAACAAUCUUUCCGCUUCCUCUGCAGUCGGAGAUCGCGAGCUUGCACUUGGACCCCGCCAGCAUCGGAGCCAUCAAAUCGGGACCUGUCCGGAAAUUCCUGGCGAAGAGGAAUGAGAGUCAGUUGAAGUUCGCCAGCGAGUAUAAGAAAAUCGCCAAGAAGCGGACGAAGGAGCUCGAGAAGGGCUAUGAUAAGCCUGAGCAGGGAGAGUCUCCGCCACCGUCCGCGAUUGUCAACCGGAAGCGGAAGGGUGUCGUGCCGGAGGAGAAAAAGCGAGGCAAGAGUUGGGGUCUGGCGAUGUGGACAGGAUGGGGAAGUUCCCACGACGAGAACACCAUCGAGCGCGAA